CAAAGGUAGCGCAAAAGCGCCAUCUAGUGGCUUUUAGUAGAUGUGCUGGAAGUGAUUGCACAUGACAAUAACAGCUACGCCACAGGAAAACUGUUCCUGAAGUCGCGAUGCAGUGUUGGGGUUAAUUAUUAAUAACUGUGUGCGUCCAUUUGAGAAAACCACACACACACAACCAACAUGCUUAUGAUUAUGAUCUAAAUCUACCAUCUCCAUAAACAUAAGCUGAGUGCCAACUGCUGCAUCCAACUUUGUACCUAUAUUGUAAAGUGUGGCAACGCUGCUGUCUAAUGUAUGUCUGUGCUGCUGAAGAAAGUUCAGUAAACUGUUCAAACUGAUUCCUGCCUCCUGUCCUGCGUUCUGACAGACGCUCCAAGGCGAGAACUAUAACCUCCUAAGCACCUGUGGUCCUUUCUCUCAAACAAUUUGGUCCUUCGAGCCGGAUCUCAGUGCUUACCUUGGUUAAAGAUGGCUACUUCUAAAGACAAGAGUGAAGUCCUUCCAGAAUCUGUGCGGCCAAGACGUCAAGUCCGACUGCCAGCCUAUUUGUCAGACUACCAAGUAAAUGUAUCCAGCCACAGAGAACUGGCUUCCUCUUAUACAGCAGAUACUGCAGCACAGACUACAUUUAGACGAGAAGAGGAGUGCAGUGCAGAGAGUGAUGGAACUGCUAGGAAGAUGUCUUCAGCUGGUUCAGCAUCGGCCAGACCUGGAAGUCAGUAUUCGACAAGAGAUGAGUGGGGAACCUUUUAUGCUGAAUUAGAGGACAUUCAAGCUCAGCUUGGCCAGGACACCCAGCUCAUACGGAGUUUACGAGAUAGAGUGCGCCAGCAUGUAUUAUCCAAAUGCUGUGGGGAGGAAAUCCCACAUGCAGAUACACGCCCAUUACUGAGAGAUGACAGAGUUUCUUCGCCUGCAACCAGGCAGCCCCUUUCAAACCUUGCUCACUUAUCAUCCUCACCAGCCUCCUUCUCAGCCUCAUCCCAAGUCUCAUCACUCCAGACCCAAGUAUCAGCUGUGUCCUCAGGCGAGUCCCAUUCAGUUACCCACCUAACACCACAGAGACUCAGAACAACAUUGGAAGUAAAUCCACCUCCUCAGGAGGACGAGUCAUGGCCUGAACCACCACCUUCUGUAUGUGAUGAUGCACCAUACAGAGCUAGGGAAGAGCGUGAAUUCCCAGUCAGUUAUGCUACUUCUAUCAGUUAUUCAAACCCAGUGGAAUUAGCUGUGGAGAGAGCAGUAGCACAGCCCUACUAUGCACAUUAUGUUCCAGCCUGUGUAAACUCAUUCCAGAAUCCGUCACUCAGACCUGACCGAGGGGAUAUAAGAACUAACCCCAUUUCACAAGAUACACAGGGUCAGAGCAGUUCAUUGUAUCCUUCCCUCGCACGCCCUCCAACUCAAGCUCCGUAUUCAAGGCCCUAUUCUACACCCUGGCCGAAUGUUGCUCCACCAGCUCAGCAACAAUCUAUGUAUGCUCCACGAUCAGUGCAACAGACUGAACCAUGGCUUAAACACUCAGAAAUGCCAUACAGCCAGCCACAGCCAUCGCCUUAUGAAACCUUUCCCACAUCACUGCUAGCACAGGAGAAAGUCUAUCUAGGCCCUAAGCCACGAAUCCCCAUGCUGGUUCAUCGAGAUCCUGCAGAAUUCGCCAGGUUGAAGAUGUCAUUGGAGAAUCUACUGCCAGCUGAUACCACCGAGCUCUUUAAGUACCAGAUAUUGGUUGACCAUCUCAAAUUAGAGGAAGCCUCCCUUAUUGCUGACUCUUAUCUGAACUCUGCCACCCCAUACUCUGAUACAAUGACAGCCUUAAACGAGAGGUUUGGUCAACCGCAUCAGUUAGCCCUCAAAAGAAUUGCCCAAGUCAUGGAUGCUCCUGACAUUAAGCGAGGGGAUCAUGAGGCAUUUCAGAGGUUUGCACUACAGAUCAGAGCUCUUGUGGGGAUGUUGGAAACCCUUGGUGUAGAGGGAGAAGUGGAGUUGAAGUGUGGUUCCCAUGUUGCCAGACUGCUUGGCAAACUACCUCCAGAGUUGCGUGCAGACUUCCGCCGACACCUGUAUUAUCAGUCCGAUUCAGUUUAUACAUUACCUGAAUUCUCUAAGUGGCUCCAGUACGAAGCAUGGUGUCAAGGCCAUACCGAACCAUUCACCAAAGGAAAUCCUGAGUGCCGAACCAAGCCAGCCCGCCUAACCAGACCAGCCACGGUCCUCCAUGGUGCCAAAGCUGCCUCACAGAUAAAGGGCCCAGAUCCAGGAACUAAAACAUCCACCUCAAAAACCAUGCAGCAUUUGUCAAAACCAACACCUUCAGAUACUGCAUGA